UGAGGGCAGUGACGCUGUCAGUUUGGGCUUCUGUGAACAAAUCCGUCAAAGAAGGGACGAUGGCGAGGGGAAGCAGGAGCCUGAGGAGAGUAGCUGAGUGCUUAAAGCAGAUUCCUUCAUCAGCAAGCAGGGAACUACAGACCAAGAACAACGUCAGAUACCUGUCGUCAUGUGGGAUCCUGAUGACCCGUGUCCCUCCGCUGAUCGGAGCAGCCAUGCCGAGCCGAGGCGUCACGUUACCCACCCGCAGCUUCUUCAACCUCGCUGACACGCUGUCCAAGAAGAGGGAGUACUCUGAGAGACGCAUCAUCGGGUAUUCCAUGCAGGAGAUCUACGAGGUGGUAGCCGGAGUGGAAAACUACCGUCUCUUUGUGCCCUGGUGCAAGAAGUCUGACGUCGUGUUCAAGAGAGCCGGAUUCUGCAAGGCCAAGCUGACUGUGGGCUUCCCUCCGGUGGUGGAGAACUACACUUCUCUCAUUACUACAGUGCGCCCCCACCUGGUCAAGGCGUCCUGCUCAGAGGCUAAACUCUUCAACCACCUGGAGACCGUGUGGCGUUUCAGUCCCGGCCUCCCCGGUUACCCUCGGACCUGCACCGUGGACUUCUCUAUCUCCUUCGAGUUCCGCUCCCUCCUGCACUCCCAGCUCGCGCACGUCUUCUUCGACGAGGUGGUGAAGCAGAUGGUGUCGGCGUUCGAGCGUCGCGCCUCCAAGGUGUACGGAGCCGAGACCGCCAUCCCGCGCGAGCUCAUGUUCCACGAGAUCCACCACACGUAGCGACCCCCUGCUGCACAAACACACACACACACACAGACACACACAAUGCCCGACGCCAGAAAGACAGAGAGAGUGAGAGAGGAGGAGGAGAGGAGAGAGAGGAGACUUCAUGUGCUCUGAUAACCACAGUGCCUUUCUCAAAGUUCAUUCCCGACAGUUUCCUAUCUCAUGUUUGUUUUUUAUGAAUCAUCCACCAGCUCGUUUCACCCUCGGUGCUAAAACCUCUCAGACUUUUAUCUUUACAAUCUGUUCCCGGUUACAAACAAAACUCCAGCAGGUUAAAAACGAAGCUUCUCCAACCAGCGUCUGCUGAAACUGUUACAAUCUUUAGCUUUAAAGCUGCAGCAGGAGGUUUCUGAACGUGUUUAUAAUCAUGUUAUAUCAGUGUUAGAAGAACGGAGGAAGAGUUACACAUCAAGGACGAGAGAGAGAGAAAGUUCUAUCACACCUGGAGCUGUCAGCAUUUAAUACUCUGAUACGUUUCAACAUCUGUUACUUUUAUACGUUGGAUAGCAUCGAGAAGCUAACGAAAACACAGACUUACAGUUGUGUUUUCAUCCUGAAGCUGCCGCGAGUGAGAGAGACAGAGAGAAACAAAGCAGUAGAAGAAGAGAGAAUACGUCUUCAGAUUUUCACAGCAGUAUAAAAAUAUAUAAUUUAAAACAGAUCCGAGUCGCUGCCGUGUGUCUCUGCUCCGCCCUCCAUCACAGCCGACUCUCCUCACUCACAGGACGGCAAAUACAGACAUUAUAAGUCACCUUUGCUCCCCGUGAGGACGCACACGUCUGCAGACAGAGACGGCAAGGUCCACUGGAUUCUGAGUCUGUUCUUUGACUUGAUGCACGAUGUAGCAACCAAAUGAGCGAGAGGAUCAGAGCAUUUAGACGAGCACACAGGGUGGGAAUAAUCUGAUUUACUUUGCUUUCAUUACCAUAAACAGUUAGUCUAAUGUUGAUCCGUGCUUUCUGUUCGAGGUCGGACAUCAAAGAUAGCUAAUUACGUUCAGUUUCAGUUCCCCUGGUAUUGAAACACGUCGUUAUUCUCUCUUAUCACUGAAGCAGCAAAUUCACCCGUUACAGAAGCUGCAGGAAACGUCUUGAAUAUCUGAGCUGUUAUGAAAUACAUUCAUCAAAACGACGAGGAUUCACUCUCUUCAACAACUUCUGCAAAGCAUAUUUCCUUUAUGUUGUCAUGCAUUAUCAAACACAGCUUUGUUCCAGCUGAGAGGACUUUAAACUGUGGAGUUACAUGUUCAUUUAAAAACCUUUAUAUCAAUGCAUAUCUGAAAACAAGACUCCAGCACCUACACACACCCGGGAUACGUCUUAUCAGCCUUCAUUCAGCUCUGAGGCAGAGACCUCAGAGAGACCCAGAGCAGGUUCUAGUUGUAAAUAUUGAAAUAAUCUCAUCAAACACAUACAGAAGAGGAGGGAGGGUGAAGGUGAAGCUGCAGGAGAGGAGGGAGGUUGAGUCUGAAGCUGCAGGAGGGAGGGAGCACGUUUAAAGAGCAGGUCUGUGUACGUCGUGAGGUCGGGCUUUUAUUAAUGGAGGAAUAACUGCAGCUCUUAAAAGCUUUAAAGAGAAGCCAAUGCAAAGAAUCUCUUACUAUGUAACCUGCACAGACCUGCUGCACAGUUUAAGAAUAUAUUAUAAGAAUAAAAGAGUUAAAAUAAUGAUAGAAAACAUGCAGAUAGUUUUAAAGAUCGUUCUGUAAACGAUGAUAAAAACACACACAUGUUCUGGAUUUUACUUUCUGUGUUCCUCGUUAGGAGGACGGUGUUCUUCUUUUAAUGUAACGUUACAAACGCUCUGCUCUCGGCCGUGUAAAGGGAGCAACGCUGGACGGAGAGACUCGCUGAGUUAAAGGAGGAAGAGUGCAAUAUCAGUGGAGCUACGUUAGCACGUUAAUACUGUGUCAACAGAAGGGCCCAAACUGUGUCAGCAUCAGAGCUAACCCUUCACAGAGUGCCUCCUCGUCUACAGGCAGCAUAUUUAUCUUUAUUUCAAACAUAUACUACUCAUGUUAACGUAUUUAUUACUUAGUCUCAGUGUAAAUAUUGGUUGAAGAUGGCAGGAAGAGCGUGUGUUGUUGUCAUGGGAGAGGACUCGUCAUGUAAAUGAAGUUUGAUGGAUUUUAGAAAAAUGUACCGACUGCAUGGUUUAUAAAUAUUUUUCUAAAAAGCUGAA